ACAUACAUUAUGUUCUAAAUUUAGUGUUUUUGAUGAAAAUUUAUCCUAAUUUUGCAAUUAAGUUGUCUUUUAAGCCUACCUACCUAUUGGGAGUAUCGGGUAGGCGGCGUUUGAUUUAAUUUAAUCUCCACUUUCAGUACAAAGAAUAUUAAUUUAAGUGAACUUACUUUCUAGACUAAUAAGUAUAUUGAUAAAUUAAUGCAUUUUCAUGGGCUUACUGUGUCACAUUAACGAUACUUUCUUUGUUCUUUUGAGAAUUAUAAAACACGUGGUCCUGAGAUUCCGUUAAUUUCCGUGCUGAUGAAUUAUAAGUAACUAUUAAUUAUCGAUCUAGGAAUUUACUAACGAUUUCCUUAGUGUUCAUUAAUUUUCCACUAACCAUUUUCGAGAACGUUCCGGUCUGUAUCGAUUUUCCACAUAAUGGCCGCCGUUGCAAAUAGUUCAAUCACUAUCCUCGCCGUAUUUUGUCUAGGAAUCUGAACAUGGUAUUGGGUGAUUAAUGUGAUUAUUAACCUUUCGUGUGUUUUAGACGUGGAUCCACGUUCGAAAAAUCUUUACCCUCGUGUGCCUAAGCGUGGAUCCACGUCCAAAACUAACAAACUUUUUAAAUGCGAUUUUGUUCUCUAUUCUUUGGACUUUUGGGUAAAUUUUUUUUUGCAACGAAAACGUACUGAAUGAAUCUGUCACGGGCGGCCAUUAGACUGAAUGGAUUUCGUCAUGGGAAUGGGAUCGACAAGUAAAAACAAGUGCAUUCUGGUGACACGUGCGACCGGUGAAAUUCCUUUUGUGUGAUUCUCACGAAAAUAAACAACUGAAUUCAUCAUGGUUGUGGUCCUGGAUCUUGACCGGUUUUUGCAUAAACGCGACUAUAUUUCUUGCUAUAAAGGAGAGUGUAUGUGGCCAUGGGAGGAAACCCAUUUCUUGCGGGAAAAUAUUUGUCAUAUUUGCCACACGGAAGUUAAUAACUCCAUAAGGCACUUCCGUGUCAUCAUGAGUAGAAAUACAAUUCGUCGGCUUCUACUAUCAAAUUUUUUCUGGUGCAAAUGUGGUUAUAGUGUAUAUGAUCACUAUCCCCCAGACGAAUGUUGCUCAUAAAUUCUUAAUUUUAAUUUGAUUCUUUUUUUAAAUUCAUUGAUCAGAUCAUUCCAAGAAGAAUAUGUUUUUAUUUUCAAAAAUAAAAUUGAUUUCUUAAUCAAAUUAACUCAUUUUCUCUACGUGGACACAAGAAGGUACUAGGCAAGAUCUACGUCGUCCAAUAAACUAUUAAAUGGCAUAAUUGACUAACUGGUAAUGGAGCCAGACCGAAUUAUUGACGACGUCGGGCUUCCCGAAGCCAGCACUUCAAAAAGUGUGGGUACCGGAAGACAUUUUCCCGAUGACGACGAUUAUGAUUGGCAGCCUAAUCAAAGGCCUCAUGACCUUGAUAUGUCUUAUUCCGAGAUACUCAGUGGGCCAUUAGGCGAGGAGCUAAGAGUGGAUUCGGGCAGUGAGGAAGAGGAGGAACCUAUGUCGCUGGAGGAGCUUCGAGCUAUCCUGGAAGAGACAGCCGAAGAUGUUGAGGAAGAUCCCGAAGAACACGAGAGGCUGUCUGAAUCUUUCAAUUGGUCAAGCGAUUAUAGUACAUUUAGAGGUCAACCGGAAGUUUAUUCCCAGGCAGGCGAGCGAGGUCCCAAUAUUAAGGAAACAGAUCCUCUGAAGCUAUUCACUCAUGUUUGGGAUCACGAUAUAAUGAACAGUAUUGUGGCACAGACCAACGAGUAUGCCUGGCAAACGAUAGCGCAAGCAUCCGAGUUACCGGACGGUAUCUCGGCGCAUUCUCGAUUAAAUGAUUGGGUAGAAACCACUACUGAUGAGCUGUACAAGCUCUUUGCGGUGAUGAUUUUUAUGUCGCUGAUGGUCGCAGGACGUGUGAGUGAAUACUGGAGCACGGGUACCCUGGCCAUGCCAGGUUUUCGUAAACUUAUGAGUAUAAAACGGUACUGGCUACUCAUGCGUUUCCUGCACUUUGUCGAUAACAAUACUAUCAGUGUUCAUGGUUCCGAUCGUAAAGUUGCUAAGAUACAACCCAUCAUUGACCAUUGUAAUAAAAAGUUUAAUAGCAUGUACACGCCUCGCAGAGAAAUAAGCAUUGACGAAUCGUUGCUGCUUUUUAAAGGACGCUUGAGUUGGAUUCAGUGUAUCCGUACAAAAGCAGCACGGUUUGGUAUCAAAUUUUAUGAACUUUGCGAGGCGGUUACAGGCUAUUUGCUCAAAUUUGAGGUUUACACGGGAAAAAAAUAUCCACAGACAGGGGACUCUGCGGAGGACUCCUUGUAUGGCUUUACGAGCGCAAGUGCGAAAGUGGUGCUAAGGCUCAUGCAAAGAUUCCUCAACAAAGGUCACUGUCUUGUAAUGGAUAACUUUUAUAAUUCAGUUACUUUGACACGAUUUUUAAAGUUGAAUAAGACCGAUGUCAUCGGAACUCUGAACAGGCGAAGAAUGGGGACACCGAGGGACAUACAAAUUCUCAACGAAAGGAAACUUCAAAAAGCAGCAGUGGUAAGUAGACACUGUGGUGACGUAUCUGUCUUAUCCUGGAAAGACGUUAAAUUAGUAACCACAGUGUCGACUUACCACAAUGCGGACAUGUUGCCUGGAAGAAGAGCAGGACAACAAAUAUUGAAGCCUGUGGUUGUGCACGACUACAAUAAGUACAUGGGCGGUGUAGAUUUAAAAGAUCAAAUGCUGUCCAUGUACUUAAUGGAACGCAAAAGGGGGAUGAAAUGGUACUUGAAAGUGUUCAAACGGCUAAUAAAUGUUAGCAUUUUGAACAUUUUUAUCAUACAUCGCGAGAACAGCACAAAUCCCCUCAGCCACAGGCAAUUCAGAUAUAAAUUGGCGGAGCAACUGGCUCAGAAAUACCCAAAUUUGACCUUAUCUCGGCUAAUAAAUCCUCCUGCUCUUCUCCGCUUAGAUGGUGAUAAUCACUUUCCAAUCUAUGCAGAUUCUUUAGAAGAUCGAGCGGGGAGCAAAAGAAACAAAAUUAAAAGAAACCGCUGCGUUCGUUGCUCCUUAAAAAAAAUACGGAAAGAAGUUAACACCGUUUGCCAGAAGUGUCAGAAGUUCCUUUGUCUCGGUCAAUGUUGGAUUGAAUACCACACUCUCGAAAAUUUAUAAAAUUUUGUCGCUAAUGUAGGUAUAACUAACAUCGUGCCACAAAAAAACCCGACUACGGAAAAAA